AAAGGAUAACAGAAAUUAUAUUUGAGCAAUAAUGUCUUAAGAAAAGCUAUUACAGACAUAAGUCUUAAAGUCCAUGUCUGUGUAUCACUGCCUUUCCAGUCUGUUCACUUUGGCAGUUUAUUUAUAUACAUGUACAUCAGUGAAGUUCAUACAAUAGCCUAACUUAAAACAUUUCUACCGUAUAAAAUUCUUAAUAUAUAAUUAGUAAGUUUAAAAUUAGUUACAUUAAAGUUCUAUGUGUUGAAUGUAUCUUUACAGACGCUAUUUGUGACAAACAUGGCAAAAAAACAAACAAAAAAAAGCAACAGCUUUUCUCUAAUUAUGUUGAAGUAUCAAUCAGGUCUCGUGCAGUCCAGUGAGUUCAGUAUACACAUAAACCAAAGAACAGUCUUCGGUCUCCAUCCAUGAGACUUUGGAGAGCAGUUUUCGUUUUUUUCUCUAUCCUCCGCAGUCUCCCCGCGGUCUCCGCCCCCCCAGUCUGCCUGAAUGGGAACACCCAGAGCGGGAUCCCCGGCGUUCCUGGCGUCUAUCCCAAACACAGCUCACAGUCGGUCAAAACAACGUCCUAAAGCGUGUAUCAUUGAGAAAGGCGGCGUAUUGCAGAUAACAUAUUUGACUGCAAUGUUACACCUGCCGCAGGAUGUUGUCUCUAGAUCUGGAAACUGAUACUACUGCGGAGGACACAGCGCCAAGCACCCCAGAUGGUGGCGCGGAGACACCGGCCAGUCUCGAUGUGCUGGAAGAGCAAUGGCCAAUAAAGCAGUCCCUGGGUGCCUCAAUGUGCCGCGAGACGCACUGGCGUUGCCUUCUCCUUUCCUUGCUCAUGUAUAGCUGCCUGGGUGCCGUGGCCUGGUGUCAGCUCACCCAGGUCACCAAACUGAGCUUCGAUUCCUCCAGUACUUCCCUCACAGCCUCAAUGAACUCUCUUAGAGGGGGUCGCUCCAUGAUAUACCACGACAGCCCUUGUUCUGAUGGUUAUGUGUAUAUCCCCUUGGCCUUCCUGCUAAUGCUCUACGCCGUUUACCUAAUGGAGUGCUGGCACUGUCGGGCCCGCAGCGAGUUGCAGUGCAAGGCCAACGUUGAGAGCGUGUACGAAAGAGUUCUGCGCAUGCGUCAAGCCCGGCCGUGUGUCUGGUGGAAAGCCAUCAGUUACCAUUUUGUACGUAGGACUCGACAAGUAACGCGUUACCGGAAUGGAGAUGCGUAUACAACCACGCAGGUUUAUCACGAGCGGGUUAACACGCACGUGGCCGAGGGCGAAUUCGACUACAGCCGCUGUGGAAUGAGAGACGUCUCGCGAAACUUGCGUGGACUGGAGGGUCAUGCGGCAACGCGAUUGCAUUUCUCCAAAUGCUUCAGCUUCACAGGAGCAGGACCUGAAAAUGCAUACCUCAACCAGCGAGCCAGGUUCUUCUCGGAAAUUGAGGGUUUGGAUGACUACAUGGAAGCCCGCGAAGGCAUGCUGCUGAAGAACGUCGACUUUAAAGAGCACCUCAUCGUUUAUGUGGAUCCCGACCAACUGCCGUGGUACACUUCUCGGGUCACCUUCUGGAUGGCGGCUCUCCUCAUGCUCUCCUGGCCACUGCGAGUGCUGAUCGAGUACCGGACGGCGUUUGUGCACUAUCAAGUCGAGAAACUCUUCGGACUAGAGUAUAGCAACAACAGCCCGUCUCCAGAGGCUGAUACCACCGUGAGGAACACUCGCUAUGGCCUUCCGAGAGCAGAAACAGUGGACAGUACAGAGCUGGAAUGGCACAUUCGUUCAAACCGCCAGCUUAUACCCAGCUACUCGGAAGCCAUGCUGAUGAACCUGGGAGCUUCUGGGUCAAACCACAGAGACAGCAUUUCCUCCAACCGCUUGCUGUUGGACAGCUGCUCAGCGCAGAGCUACGGGACGUUGGUGCAGAACUGUGAGCACUGUUGCCAACAAGAAGAUGGGCAAAGACGGCCAACAAUCAGCUCUAGCUGUUCCUCCAUCUUCUCUCGCCACACCUUCCACUCCCGUUUGUCCCUAGACACCUCACACUUCUCGUUGUGCCGCAUGUAUGGCUCCAGACGCACUAUGGGACUGUGGAGAAGCCGCAGUAGUACACUUACAGAGCGCUGCUGCCCUGAUGAGCAGUGCUGCAGGUCUUACACCAGUCAGCUUGCCCUUAAUGAGAGCCCGCCGAACUACCAAGACGCUCGCUUCUUCCCAGUCCUCAUUGUACAUCGGCCUGAGGGCUGUGGGGACUCGUCUGAGGUGAGGAGGUAUUAUGUUCGCAGAGGCUCCUGUUGUGUGGAGACUUCGGUGUAAAGUGGCUUGAACUGGUCAAGCUGACUAAUUCUGUGAUAGAAAAUGUUUAACAAACCUUAUUAUUUGCACUACGCAGAAAGUGGACUUGAUAGCUAUUUCAUUCAAUAUGAGGAAUUGCUUGACGUUGAACUGAUGAAGUGUAUUCUCAUGAAAUGUAUCUUGCUCUAACAGCUAACACAUGCAAAAUUAGAAAUGUGGCGGCACUGAAAACUUUUUUGUUUACAUUUUAAUUUUAAUUAAGGGCUGAAUUGGAAUUAUCAACCAGCUCUUGACACUGUUUAUUAAUGGUUGGUUGACAAAUAUGUCAGCUUUAAUAAAUCAAUUUAAAAUAAAAUCUAUCAAUAGACAUGUUACAUUUAUAUAUAAUUACCUUAUUUUAUUUAUUAAUAAUAAAAAUAUGUUUUGCAUUAAUCCAUGUAUCAUUUCUAAUUUAUCUAAACUUGGCCAUAGUGUUGCUGCAGAAGAAGAUAAGCAUUGCUACAGGAUUAUUAAAGACUAAAAAGAUGUACUGGUCAAAUAAAAUGAAGUGGAAUAUCCCUAAAUCCUUAAAAGAUUUUAAUACGUGCUUCAAAAUGAAAGAAAUGAGUCUGGUUGUAUCCUUUACCGUUAUCUUUUCAGAAAUUUUAUUUUUCUUUUAUUAUUAUUAUUUAGUUGUUGUUGUUGCUUUAUUUUUUUUAAUGCCAAUCCAUUGAAUGAAUAUGUUGGCAUCAAAGAAUUCUCUGUGAUGUUCGGUUUAUAUAAGCUAGGGUUGCAUGGCAAUUUGCUCACAUUGUUUCAGAGAAGCAGGUGAUCUAUUAUGUAUGCAGCUUGUUGGAAAAUCUCCCUCUGAAGAAUUUCCCAGAAACAGCAAUAUGGUCAUUCACACCUUGGUAUAUCAAUGUGUAAGUCUCUGUAACAGAAGACAUCACAUUCGAAAUACAUCAGCUCAUCAAAUGAGCUUAAUGAGAGGGACUCAUCAUAUCUAGCAAUUCCCCUUUAAAGUAAAUGUUAUGGCCUGACCUGUAUGGUUGUGAGAAAGACAAGAAAUGCUGUUGAAAUGGCAGUGACUGUUAAAAAAAUAAAUUGCGGCAAUGCUAAAACAUGCUAAAAAAAUGUCUCCCAAAAUGUCUUUUAUUCAUCGAUUUGUUUAUUCUUUUCAUGUGUAGAUAUGGUCACAAAUGCUUUUGUUUCAUCUGUUGUUUAGUAAGCAUUGUCUCUAUGUUGUGACCGAAUCCUCCUCCUGUCAUGCUGCAUGGAAUUAUGGUCCGGUCUUGGCCCAUAACUCAAUUGCCGAAGUCUAAACAGCUGUACACCAGAAACAGACCAAACUCACUCACUCACUUUUCUUGUAUGCCCAGAAAGCAGCUUUAAUUGGACCAUGACUGUGCUAGAAUCACUCACAACAAAUGUACUCAACAAAUAAAUUUCACCAUCUUGUAAAAGAUAUCUCA